AUGACGCACUACGCAUCGCCUUCGCAAUCAUCUGAUAGAGACCGUUGCUUGCCACGUCCGCGCACCUCCCUUCGUGUUCGAAACAUCGCUGUUGGCGUCAUUUAUCACCUCGUCUUUGAAGGCGACGUGCAGCGGCUCUCUGGCAAGCAGCUGCGCCACCAUCUCGCGCGCAUUAGCCAUAUACCACCGGAGGAGCAGCAGCUCUUCGUGCAUGGGCAGCUGUUUGCGCCGAAUACCAUAGGCGCCGCUGUGGGGCUGCAUGCGGAGGAUGUUCUCGACCUCGUGCAAAUAGCCAAGGAUGGGCGAGACCACAACGGGCGAGGCAGUCGCGAUGGAGGUGACUCCAUGGCAACCGUCCCCUCCCCGCGUCCCUCCACCGAAGCCGGCACGCUUUCCCCCACAAUAUCGUGGCAGGGUAACUCUAGAUCAGUGGACCCCAGAACCAUGAGGAGAGGGGGUGGCGCAGGUUCUGCAUCCGCAUCGAUGGCGUCCAGCGCCUCAGCGUCGACUCGCCGCGCACCAUCGCCUAACCUCCUCGUUAACGCACCGCCAUCCCCUGCAAAGGGGGCCCAAGGACAAACCACCGCAGGUGACGACCUCGCGUGCGAGCCGCUGCCGCAGCAGCUUCAUCCUGCACCACUGAACGAUAGCAGUCUGCCACUGUGGACCUCCGCCACAACGCUAUCCUCCCUGCCGGCCGGGAACUGGGCCAAUGGCGGGAGCGGCAACGCCGAGAGCCCGCGACCCCAGAUGCCUGCACGAUGUACAUCUCGUUCUGCGCAAGGCAACACGCAGGCUGCUGUCCCGCCGUACGCGUACCCGCAGCCGUCGCCACUACCACCGGAGCUCCGUGCUCGACCGUCCGGGUCGCGUUCCGAUCGCUUCCGGAGGUCGUCCUAUGAAAUAGCGUCCCCGCCGCCGUCAAUGCAGCAGCGGUGGCGCGUACCGCACGACUCGCCGUCUCCGCUGAGUGCACCGCCGCCACUGACGUCACGCUCCGGAUCGGCGAGUCGCCGUGGCGUGUACGCGGCACCGGCAGCUGGCCUCAAUUACUCUCACCACGAUGACCACCAAAGCAACUUUUGUGAGCAAGCCAGUGGUGGCCCGUCGCUAUCGCAGCGCGCGCCGCAGCAACAGCAGGUGUAUCGCCCUCGCGCGGCAUCCUCUGCUCUACAUAACGGAUUACCACAUGUGGCUGCGUCGAUCCCACACAGCGCCGUCAUCCGAGCUGAUGAGCUGGAGACCAUCCUUGAUGAGGAGAAUUACAUAUGGGAAAUGGAGGCGUACCGCUUCCGCACCGAGCGGCAAAAGCGCCUUACCGCCUUGCAGCACCAACAGCACGAACUGGAGCUCGAGUCGACCCGGUACGACCAGGCAGUGGCCGAGGUGGAGCGGCAGCUGGCGCGCGAGCGGCGAAAGCUGGCAGAGCUGCAGCAGGCAAUGGAACAGAACGCCACAGUGUCUUGUUCGGUGUUGGACCGUGGGCAUGGUUUGCAGGAGCCAUUAGCAACCGUCAGAGACGCGCUAGAUGCAGUCACUAGGUAUCUUCCUGUCAUGCAUCACGGUCAAGCGCGCGAUCAUGCCCACAACGGUGCAUACGACGCACUAUGCUUCCCCGCUCGUGGUUCCGACGGUGGGUCGGCAAUAGACGAAGAGGUCACAGUUGAGGUGUAA